GGGGGAGAGAGGGAGAGUGAGAGGCAACAGCGCAGAUAAGCUCCAAUGAACAGCAGCCGGGUCUUCUUUCAAACAAACACACAUUCUGCGCUCUGCAUCCCACACACACACACACACACAAAUGCCAGGACACUUAUACACAUGCAAUCCAAUAACCGGAGCACCAUCAGUCCGAGCUGCCUGCCGCUGCUGGUGGCAGCCCUCACCGCUUCCCCGAGACACAAAGCUGGGCGCCUGCUGGGAGAGGAGCUCCUGCUGCCUUGAUAGCACAAAAGAGAGGAGGGGAGGGGAGAGAGCCGGGAUUCCAUUUCAGGGGCGCUAGAUAAUUAAGCAGCAGCGUUGGGAAGAGCUGAGACUGAGGGGAGGGAAGGGGAGUGAAUGCGCUCCAGUCCAACUGCUGUUGCUGCCGCUGCUGGAGGAAGAGUAGGAGGAAAGAGCUGUGUUUGAAAAACCGGGAGGAGCGGCGUUAUCCUGCACACAAUCAGCCAGAGCAGACGGCCAGCACUGACCUCCAGCCCUGCAGAUGUGGAAGGUACACUGGACAAGUUCUAGUCCUGGGUGUCUGGCCCAGUGAUUCAGAUCGGAGACGGAAGGAGAAGAAGAAAGGCGAGCCAUGGCACUGAUCCUGGGCCAGGACGUUGGCUGGCUCCUACCUUUCCUAUUCCUGCUGCUUCUGAUCACAGUGUCACCCACUCAAAGCCAAGGAUGUCCUCAGCGCUGUGAGUGCAUUGCCAAGCUCAAGACUGUGUCUUGCUAUGGUAAACGUCUCUCUGCACUCCCAGAUGGAAUCCCACUGGACACGAAAAUCCUUGACCUAAGUGGUAAUAAACUCCGCUGGGUAGAGCACGGCGACCUGCUUCCAUAUCCACGCCUUGAAAAUCUGGACCUGAGUGAGAACAUGAUCAGUGUCCUGGAACCGAAUGCGUUUUCUAGUCUCCAGAACCUGCAGUCACUUUCACUCAGGGGUAACCAAUUGAAGCUGGUCCCUAUGGGGGCCUUCUCACGUCUCUCUAAUCUAACUUCAUUGGACCUUAGUGGAAAUAAGAUUGUAAUUCUUUUGGACUUUACGUUUCAAGACUUGAAAAGUCUUAAGAACUUGGAAGUUGGAGACAAUGAUCUGGUUUAUAUCUCCAACAAGGCCUUUCUGGGUCUAGUGGGACUGAAGGACCUGACAAUUGAGAGGUGCAACCUGACUUCAGUGUCCAGCCAGUCUUUGUCUUACCUGCAUAAUCUAGUCAAUCUACGGCUCCGCUACCUCAGCAUCUCUGCCUUAGAGGACCAAAACUUCCGAAAGUUGGGAAACCUGAGGGGCCUCGAGAUCGAUCACUGGCCCUUUUUGGAGUACAUCUCCCCUCACAGCCUGCAGGGUCUGAACUUGUCUUGGCUGUCUAUUACACACACCAACAUCACCUCUGUGCCCACCUCUGCCCUGCGCAGUCUGGCUCACCUCACCAGCCUCAACCUCUCCUACAACCCUAUCUCUGUGUUGGAGUCCUGGGCCCUGCGGGACCUAGUCAGGCUGAAGGAGCUUCAUCUAGUCAACACUAACCUGAUGGCAGUCCAGCCAUAUGCACUAGGUGGUCUAAGGCAAAUCCGCCUUCUUAACCUUUCCACGAAUAGCUUGGUGAGCCUGGAAGAGGGAGCCUUUCAGUCUGUCAACACUCUGGAGACUCUGCGUUUGGAUGGAAACCCUCUGGCCUGUGACUGCCGCUUGCUCUGGAUACUCCAGCGCCGGAAGACCCUCAAUUUUGAUGGUGCCUCCCCGGUGUGUAUGACACCUGUUGAGGUGCAAGGGCGGGCACUCAACGCUUUCUCCGACUCCGCUCUCUUUGACCACUUCACUUGCCAGAAGCCCAAAAUUCGCAACAGGAAGCUGCAGCAGAUAUCUGCCCGCGAAGGACAGGUAGUCUCAUUCAUCUGCAGGGCAGAGGGAGAGCCAACACCAGUGAUAUUCUGGAUUUCUCCUCAACGCCGCCGCAUUACCACAAAGAGCAGUGGCCGCCUGACUGUGUUACCAGAAGGCACACUAGAAAUACGGUAUGCUCAGGUAACAGACAGUGGAACUUACAUCUGCAUUGCCAGUAAUGCUGGUGGAAAUGACACGUAUUUUGCCACACUCACAGUAAGUGGGCUGCCCCUAGAUGCCGCCCUCAUGGCCAACCGUACCUACUAUGCUGGGGAUCUCAAUGACACAAACCUGAACGAUACCAAAGUCUUCUUGAAGUUCACUCUGGACCUCAAGACCAUCCUUAUAUCUACAGCUAUGGGCUGUAUUAUGUUUCUGGGAGUCGUCCUCUUCUGUUUCAUUCUGCUGUUUGUUUGGAGUCGAGGCAGAGGACAGCACAAAAACAAUUUCUCAGUAGAAUAUUCUUUCAGAAAAGUGGAUGGACCGGCAGCCAGUGGGGGACAGGGCGGAGCACGCAAGUUCAACAUGAAAAUGAUUUGAUUCGUGAGAACUUCUUUCCUUUUUAGUAAUUUAUACCACAGUACAGUUUUCACAAACAAAGCAGCAACAAUCAAAUACCGAAAAGGACAUUAAGAUGCUGAAGAUAUAAAAUUCCACUGAGUUGACUUGAUUUGAAAGGUAAAAGUCAUAAUUUAUAGGAGAUUUUGAGACAAGAUUUUGUUAUUGAAAAUUACUGGAUGUAUAAAACAACAAAAAAAGGUGAUCUGUGAUAUAUUUCUGCUGCUCCUUGUUGUGUUCACACUGUUGUGCAGAUGAAAUUUAGAUUAUUGUUAAUAAUUGUGUCUCAAAAUCUUGAGUAGACUGUUAAAAGACCAAGCAACAGAAACACUCCUGUCAGUCUUUAACCUCUACAGAGCUCUUGCCAACUCCAUCCAUCGUCCCUACAAGGAACUCUGUCCCCUUCAUCUUUAGAGGACUUCACCUCUCUCCUCUGUCUAAGGGGAUUCUUUCUUUGAACUGAUGAAUACAUAAUAACAGGGUGGUGCUCAGUAAAUGCCAAGGACUUGCCAAUAUGUAUAUGAAUAGUUCCAGCUAUAUACUGCAUAUUUAGAUUCAUUUACAGUCAGGAGUUUAGAGUGCUAUUGUGAAGUGAAUAUAUACUGGAUGGUAGGAGGGGGGAUUACUCCUGUAUAUACUCUGCAACACUGCCAAUUUAACGGUAAAACACCAUGUAAUAUCACUGUCAGUUCAAUGGCGUCGUAGAGAGAAGUUACUUCUCACUCGAUACACCUAAAAGCUGGUUAAAGCAAACAUUGAAUUGGACAGAUUAAGCUACAAUGGGACCUAGUGCACAGUUGUGUGGUGACAAAUCAUUACAUGCAGUUGCACAUUAACUAUCUUUCCAUCUUUGUCAGUGAUCCAGAAUCUUACAAGUUGACUCGUUGAAAAAAAAAAGUAUGUAAAAUGAAUGCGUGUACAGAGUUGACUUCUUACUUUGACUAACUUGUAGUAUUUGUAAAUUGAACAUUCAUCCCAGAUGUUGUAUAGGUAGGAUACAAACUGUAUAGAUGUAUUAUAUAUUUUGUAAUCACUGAUCUUGAAAUCUUUGUGGUUGUUUAUAGUACCGUUGAGUAAUUAAUCAGGUUUAAUUGGUUGACUCUCUUUUUGAAUUCUGUGAUACCAUGUGCAGUUAUAAACUGAACUUUUACAGACUCACUCUAUCACUGUCAUCAUGUACUAUACAUACAGCACUACCCACUUGCUCCUUCUGCUCACACAACGAAAUGUGAAGGACAUUUACUGUACUUCAGGUUGCAGUUAACUUGCCUAUUUUUGGCUGUAUGACCAUGGAGAGGCCAGUCCAACCAGCGGGUGAAGGAAUAAAGUGGGGUUCUCAUCAGGACCUCAGCAUGCUCGAGUAGGGAAAAUGCUAAUGUGACGAAGGUCAUAAUAAAACUGAGCCAGAAAUAAAAUGAGCUUAAGAUACAUUAGUGUGCAUAUAAACAGCAGAGAGUAUAUAUGAGAGUCUUCAGUUGAAGUGAAACUGAAAGGCAUUUAAAUGUUCAGCAUUAACAUGGAAACAUUUCAAUUGUAGUAUUUAUUUCACCUCAUACAGUUUUAACCUCAACACGUGUCUCUUGAUCUGUGUGUACAGGCCUGGGAACCUGCUUCUGUUUAGCGUCAACUACUACAACUGCAUUUCCAACACUGUUCUUCUGAUGCCUCCUGUUGGGUGAACAUGGUACUGAAUUUUUCACUAUUUCUAGUACAAGACCGUUUUUUGAAAACACCAACCUGUAGUCGUAAUAGUAAGUACGUACCCUGCUCAACAGAUUUUACAAACAAGAACACUGAUAAUGGACUGUGAAUGUGUUCCUGGGCUGAUUUAACAUCCUUCCGGUUAGUAUUUUGCAUAUGCACGCAGUUCAGUUUCACUUGUAAUUUCCUCACAUACUGUAAAUAUAGGAACUAUUGUGACUGGAAAUCGUGCUAGACUGUUUUGUAUUGUAUUGUUUUAUAUAAAAAAGCACACUGUUUAUAAAGCAUGUAAUAUCAUCUGCUACAAUGAUGUCUUGUCCCUCAUCAAAUUUUUAUAGCAGUUAUCUGGUCUCUCAGUCUUUAUGGUGGCCGUCUGAGAAGUAUAUUGAUCAUUGAGUCUACAAUAGACCUGUGACCCCCACACUGUGAAAUUUGUGCUGUUUUUAAUUUGAUCUGUGUCCCUAGGGGUUUGUUAUUUUUUUAGAUUAAAAAAAAAAAACCAGAAGGACGGGGUGUGCUGUCUAUGCUACGCAUAAAGAUACACCACUUGGGAGGAAAUAUCCUUUCACCUUAGAUAAUGAUAUAAGCAUGAUAUGCUGUGUGAGGGGGUUAUUAUUGUUAAUUUUCUAUACAUUCAUCAAAUGCUACAAAAAUAAAUAAAACUUUGUGAGGAGGUAAAAGCAGCUUUGCAUUCACA